CUUAAGCAACGGAAGCGACGUAAACAGCAGAGAGAAUUGGAGCGUUCGGGUAAAAAUGGCUGAAUAUUUAGCUUCGAUAUUCGGGACUGAGAAGGACAAAUCGGGGCCUGCCGGCACGGGGACCGGUGCUCCCGGCUUCACAACAAACCGACUUUCAGCCAGGCCCACCCUACCGCCCCACUUCUUUCUCAUGGGACCUCUUCAAGUUCUUCUCCCAACCUUCAGGCCUUUCUCGCGGGGACCUGGUCACGCCCCCACCAUAGUGCUGCUCAACCUGUACCGGAAUCCACAGAACACUGCCCAAACCGCAGACGGAUCGCACUGUCACGUGAGCGAUGUGGAGGUGCAAGAACACUAUGAUAACUUCUUCGAGGAAGUGUUCACGGAACUGCAGGAGAAGUACGGGGAGAUUGAAGAGAUGAAUGUGUGCGACAACUUGGGGGAUCACCUCGUGGGCAAUGUUUAUGUCAAGUUUCGGCGGGAGGAGGAUGCAGAGCGGGCAGUGGCUGAACUCAAUAACCGCUGGUUCAAUGGGCAGGCUGUGCAUGCCGAGCUGUCUCCGGUCACUGACUUCCGGGAAUCAUGCUGUCGGCAGUAUGAGAUGGGGGAAUGCACCCGCGGUGGUUUCUGCAACUUCAUGCACCUGCGACCCAUCUCCCGCAACCUUCGACGGCAGCUCUAUGGGCGGGGACCCAGGCGCAGGUCACCCCCAAGGUCCCAUGCUGGCCACCGUCCUCGAGAAAGAAAUCGGCGACGGUCCCCAGACCACCGGCAUGGCCGUUUCUGAGACCCUGACCCUCCUGCCCUCUGCCCCUGGCAGGCACAGAUGUUCCUGGCCAGGACCCCUCUUCAAAGGUCUCUUAACUCCCCAGCACCAUCUUCUCCAGGCUCCAGGUCUCCGUGAUGUAAUGUGUUCAACAUAGGGACCUUCUCCUACCACCCUUCCCCUAAUAAAGUUCUGUAUUGAGGGUUUA